CAAUACAGAAUCAGAGGACUGUUAGUAUUACUGCUAGAAAGUGAAACACGUGACAAUGACAUUAACAGCACUUUGUUUCUUCCUGUCUCACAGAGAAUAAAGAUUUUUUGUUUCAUUCAUUUACUGUCGAUGUUCGAAACUGUUAUUUGCAUUUCGCGAAUGCUUUUAAAGUUAAACUUCAGUCAUCGCUGUACCUGAAUAUAGUGAAUACUACAACUUUAUGAAUGUCAGUGUGAAAAUCUAAACCUACGGUUCACCCAUUAAUCAAGUAUCUUACAACAAGCUAACUUUAUGUGUUGUUUCCUCAUGUAAUCCUUGAGAAAUGUCAACCCGAGGUCACUGCCCUUUGAACAACACAAGCCAACGCCAAUGUCGCUGUCACAAUCUGUAAGAUCCAUAUCAUAUUAUGGAUCUAUAAAUUCAGCCGUUGAGUCUGAUAUUAUAGACAACAAUACCCUUCAGGAAGGAAGUUCAUUUGGUGACCACAUAUCUCCAGUUCGUCGGUUUUUCUUAUUGCUUACAACAUUUGACUUUGUUUUUAAUGUUCUUUUAUGGCUCAUCUGUACAAUGUUAACUGGUGAAAGUGUACAAAAUGCCUUCAAGAAAGAAGUCAUUCACUACUCCUUCGAAUCGUCCCUGUUCGAUAUUGUGGUGGCAUCAUCGUGGAGAUUUAUAUUUAUUUUGCUUGCCUAUGGACUUUUCAGGAUAUCCCACUGGUGGAUGAUAGCAUUAACCACUACUGCUACUGGAAUUUUUGUCAUAUGUAAAGUAUUUUUCUACCAGUGGAAUGCACCAUAUGAAGACCAAACACCUUAUACCAUUGUUGUGGUCCUGUUGAUUGCCUCCUUUGUUAUGUCCUGGGCAGAAGCAUGGUUUCUAGACUUUAGAGUUGUGCCUACUGAAGAGAAGGCGUCAUUAUUGCUUGCUAAAUGUGUAAAUGACCGUACACCUUUUAUUCCACCGUAUGAAUCGGAAUCUCAUGCUUUCAGUGAAGAUGGUACUUUUUACUCACCAUUAGGUAGUACAAUAGGAGAUGUAGAGGAUGAUGUGGAAGAACACGAGUCUGAUUGUCCACCUGGGGUGGAGUACAAAAUAAAAGUUGAUGAAGCCAUGGAAGAGGCUCUGGAGAUUAUUUCUACUGGAAGCUGGAAGACAGAAAAACUUGUAAAUGAAGAUAUCGUCCAGAGCCGAGAAGUUUCGAAGUAUGGUAAAGUUUUCAAGUUUGUGCAUCAUCAUUAUUAUUAUAGAGGGGAACAUGGACCCAGUGUUUAUGUAUUUAGUCCGGUGGAUGGGAGUACGUGUCACCUGCAGUGGUUGGUGAACACAGAUCUUAAGGGUUGGCUUCCCCAGUAUUUAAUUGACCAGACUAUGGCAUCUUUAAUGUUUAAUUAUGUUAAGCACUUGCGAGCUUAUGUCAGAAAUGGAACCAAUAACAGUGACGAAUAAAUGCAACGAACAUUUCAGUCUAAUAAUGAAUUCAAAGAACUUCACAGAAUUGUGUAUUAAAUGCUCAGGAAGCAUUAUACAGAAGAUCGAGUGGGAAAAGCAUUCAUGCAAAGACUUGUUGUAAUGAGUCUAAACUUGAAGGAAAACUUGGAAAUUCUCCUAAUAUUUUAAGUUUUUUUUGUUGUUGUUGUUGUUGUUUAAUAUAUGCAUUAUUAUAAGUUUUGGAAGUAUCUUUUAUAGCCUGACAGCUAUAAAUUACAAAUUAAUGUAUUUGUAUCUCAUGAUGAUCUGACUGGUUACAAAUAUUUUGUGUGUGUGUGCGUAUAUAUAUAAAAGAAAACACUGGAAUAUCAGAUUUCUUUUAUAAAUUUCUUCUGCCAAUUUCCUGAAGCGUGACCUUUGGAGUCACAAGCUUGUAGAAGAACUUAAAAAACUGAGAGAGAAUAAGUAAGAAAUGUUAGGUAAUCAGUAGGGGUUAAUUAUUCUAUUCUGAAAGGUUUUGUUUUAUAUAUAUAUUAGAAUGUAUGAUAUGAUUAUUUUUCUAUGUAUUAUAUUGGCCUCAAAAAUUAUUUUGAACUUCAAUUUCGAUUUUUUCAAACCAUAAAGACACAUUGUUUUUGUUUGACUUUAUCACAUGUUCUACAAUGUUGUAGCUUUUUUUAGUUUUAACACAUAUCUAAGUACUUAGUGAAAGUGCAAUACAAUAAAUAUUUGCAAAGUUUAUCAGCGCCCCCUAGAUUUUACAUGUUUCGUGUCCUUAUACGAUAUAAAGUUAUUGCUUACAACUUUACAGUUUAACAUUUGGCAUCAGUACAUAUUCGUUUUUAAAAUAUAAAAUGUAUUAAUUACAAUUCUUGUACUACUAGCCCUGAUGAAACCGUGAGAAACGCCCG